AUGGCGUCGCAGCAACUGGUACCUGCGACUGUGUUCGCACUCGUUGUGGCAAACUCGCUAUCGGUGGCUUCCAUGGUUACAACAGGACGGCCUGGACACGGACUCAUCGGGUAUGGCAUAACGAUGUACAAUCCAGUCUGUCCAUAUGCCUGUCGAGCUGCUCUCUCUAGCAACAAGCUCAAUUGCUCGUCUACCAUGGUCAUGGAUGGUCGUCCAAUGAUUGAAACCUCGGCGGCAUGCUACGCAUCAAACUUCGAUUUCCUUACAUCAGUAGCUUGGUGUAUUCAGCCCAGAUGCACUGACAUGACGCUCUGGGCGAUCGAACAGUGGUGGCAGAAAGAGAUUCCGGGCAAGCAAGCUGUUCAGCCUGACCCUCAGUGGACCUAUCAGGCUACGCUAUAUCGAUCGCAAACGCCACCUACGCUGGAACUACAAUCUGGUGACCCCAUCAACACAACGGUUCGUGUGUCUGAUGCUGCUUAUAACAUUCAAGCAAACACCCUCGCUGUGUUCACCGAAGUAGAAGUCAACCACUCGAAAUAUGGCCUAAUCCUGAUGCUGUCGAGCACCAUCAUCCCGAUCGCCGCUUCAUUACUGCGCUUUCUGCCAAUCUCCCGUCUACUAAGGAGUAGAUUCUACGCUAUGUUCAUAGACAGCUACCUGAUCCGCCAUCGUAAUGGUCUGUCAUCCCGAAUCCCGAUUCCGGAUCUCACACGUGGUCAAGCAAUUUUCGUGGCGUACUUACUCAUCGUAAAUAUUGUCCUCUGCAGCAUCGGAUACCCCGUUGUGCAACCAAAUGCUUGGUGGACGACAAUCGAUCGCCAGAUGCUUACAUAUGUCGCGAAUCGGACUGGUGUGCUCAGCUUCGCAAACAUCCCUAUAUUGGUUCUAUACGCAGGCAGGAACAACUUUCUUCUCUGGAUAACUGAUUGGCAGCACACGACAUUUAUGGCCCUGCACAGCUGGGUUGCAUUUCUAAGUACCAUCGAAGCUGUACUCCAUUCCAUCAUUUACCUCCGCAUCUAUGUUCAUCUUGGCACUCACGCUACCGAGUCCCGCUUACCAUACUGGUACUGGGGAAUUAUUGCCACGUUGGGGUUUAGCCUCUUACUUCCAGGCUCGAUGCCCGCGAUUAGGAAAAGCGUCUACGAAAUCUUUCUGACGUCCCACUGCACCAUCGCACUUCUGUCACUCGUUGGAUGUUAUUUACAUAUAUACUACAAGUUUGAGCAUCAAUGGGGCUACGAGCUCUUCAUAUAUGUGGCAUUUGCAGUCUGGGGUUUCGAUCGACUGAUGCGACUCAUACGGCUGGUGAGGAACGGUGUUCAUCACGCUUCCAUCACUGCUCUGGAUGAUGAGUAUCUUCAAGUCGAUAUUCGAAGCUAUAGCGGAGAGAGAGGACAUGCCUAUCUCUACUUUCCUACACUGACCUGGAGGGUAUGGGAAAAUCAUCCCUUUUCGAUCACAACCACUUGCAUUCGACUUCCCGUAAGCAACAUGUCCACUGUUCAAAGUUCAACUUCGAACCAGGUUGAUGCCGGCGUUGGCAUCAGCAAAGACGUGGAAGCGAAAUCUGGUCAGGUCAUGGUCAAUACUAGGAGAGAUGAAAGCAUGGCUACCGAAUUCAAGCUCAGGACCUCAUUUUUCAUCAGAACCGCAAAUGGGACAACGGCUUUGCUCAAAGGCUACCGCAGUAUGCCCGUUCUGAUCGAAGCUGGUUAUUCUACUUCCCACAGUAUACCCUUCUCGUCAACUUUGGUUUGCAUUGCAGGCGGCGUAGGAAUCACUGGAGUCAUCUCAACUUUGCAAAAGCGUCAAGCACGCCAAAAACUGUAUUGGAGUUGUCGAAGUAGACCACUCGUUCUAGCCAUGGAGGACUUGCUCGAAGCUGUGGAAAAGGAAAUCCUGGUUGGCGCGCGCUUAGACCUUGGGGCUAUAUUGGAUGUUGAGGUCGCUCAAGGUCCUGGAGAGCUUAUAGUCCUUGUGAGUGGGCCACAGACGAUGUUGCGCGAUGUCAGGAAUAUCGUCUGCGAUCUGGUUCGGAGAACGCCGCGACCGAUACGUCUGCUAUCAGAGAGCUUUUCAUGGUAG